ACCAGCAGGGCGACUUUCUCCGUUCGGCUACACCGAGAGAGAGAGCCGCUCUCUUUUUUUGUAUCCGUGAUCGAUGUUGGUGUCGUCUGGUCUCACGGCAUCACCCCGCAUUCCGCUCUGGGGAUGUUUUGAGAUCGCUACCUGCGGAUUCCGGGUUUGAUGUGAGCCAAGGAGCGCUGGAUUUGACCCCAAUUCGAGUGCGGGAAGGGGCGGGGCGCAAUGGAGUCAGGGUUUGGUCUGUAUCUGGCGAUGCCGGUUGGCACUGUGACGGGCAUUGCGGAUUGGUGGCGUCGGGUGGACUCGUCCGUGCUCUGGCAGGAGCGCAUCUGGCUGGGACUGGCGAUUGCGUACGCUGUGAUCGCCGUGAUCGCGCUGGUGCAACUGAUACGGAUAAGGUUUCGCGCUCCAGAGUAUGGUUGGACUACACAGAAAGUCUUCCAUCUCUUGAAUUUCAUCGUUAAUGGAGUGCGCGCCGCAGUUUUUUGCUUCCGUGAGGAUGUGCAGGCAUUAUCUCCUGAGAUAUUGCAACACGUUCUUUUGGAUCUGCCGGGCAUAAUUUUCUUCACAACAUAUACUCUUCUGGUGCUUUUCUGGGCUGAAAUCUAUCACCAGGCUCGAAGCCUCCCAACCGACAGACUUCGACCGAUGUUUCUCAUCAUAAAUGCCGCAAUCUAUUUGAGUCAGGUUUUCAUCUGGGGCUACUUGUGGUAUACUCCAAGCUCUCUUAUGCUGACUGUGGCAAAGAUUUUCUUUGCAGUUGUUUCGCUUGUGGCCGCGCUGGGAUUCAUAAUAUAUGGUGGAAGGCUGUUCCUCAUGUUGAGGCGGUUCCCUAUCGAAUCGAAGGGCCGCCGAAAGAAACUUCGCGAGGUUGGGUGUGUGACGGCUAUUUGUUUCAUAUGCUUCACCAUCAGAUCUUUCAUCAUGGCGUUCUCGGUAUUCAACAAAGCAAUGGAUUUGGACGUUCUGUACCAUCCAAUCUUGAACGGCAUAUACUACACGGUUGUGGAGAUCAUUCCAUCAGCUCUUGUUCUGUUUAUUUUGCGGAAGUUGCCACCGAAGCGGCCGCCUGGGCAGUACCAUCCGAUCCGGUGAAGAAGGGCGGUGGUGUGAAGGAGGUGGUGUAAAAAGGUGUGGCAAUGCGACUCCUGUUCACGAGCGGCACAUCGGCCGAAGGACUCGAUGGUCCAGGUUGGUGUCGUGUUAAGGAUGGUGAGAGGAAAGAGGCGUGGAGGGUACAUUCGAAGCAGUAGUGGUCGAAAGCUUGCUACAAGGGUGUGGGUACGAGGGACGGCGUGGGUGCCGUGGGUGUAGGGAUGUAAUGGAGAUGGGCAUUGAUAGGACGGAGGUACAAGUAUAGUGCGGAGUGAGUAGUGUUUGGAGGGUGUGAAAUUAUGGACUCGAGUGCUCUUUGAAACUGUGUUCACUUUGUUAACACGACAUGAAGGCUUGAUAGAACAGGUUGUAACGUGGUAAUUUGUGAUAUUCUGUUGAUUGAAGCUGGAACUUUGUCCAGAUGUUUUUUUGCUUUGGUGAGAACCUAAGCUUAAAUUUGUCAAAUUUGUCAGAGUUUGUUGGUUCA